AAUCUACACCAAUCUGUCUCUUUCUCUGGCUCUGUUAUAUCUCUAUAUAUAGUCCCAUCCUCUCGCUGUACUGCUGCACCAAAAGCAAAAGGCUGUUAGACACCUCUGGCUGCUGAAGCUCAAGCCAUUUUCUACCCUUCUUUUCUUCCCUUUUGCUUUCUUUUUCUCAGAAUCCAAACACACCAGGGAGAAAACCCAGAAAGAAGGAGAAAAGUUGAAAACUUUAGUUGGUUUUACUUUGGAAAGUGAGAGUUUUUUGUUGGUUUUGAAAGAAAAGAGAGAGAAAGACAAAGAAGAAAAAGAAAUGGCUGAUAAAGAUGAUGGUUUGGGGUUGAGUCUGAGCUUGGGAUGUGCUCAGAAUCAGUCUUCUUUGAAGUUAAAUCUCAUGCCUUUAGCUUCACCCCGCAUGCAAAAUCAUCAGCAGAAGAACACUUGGAAUGAGCUGUUUCAGUCUUCUGGUCGACACUUGGAUACAAGAUCUUUUCUUCGAGGAAUUGAUGUGAACCGGGCACCGGCAACGGCUGAUUGCGAGGAGGAAGGUGGGGUCUCUUCGCCCAACAGCACCAUUUCUAGCAUAAGUGGAAAGAGAAAUGAGAGAGACCCUGUGGGUGAUGAAACUGAGGCUGAGAGAGAGUCUUGUUCCCGUGCCAGUGAUGAUGAAGAUGGCGGUGCUGCUGGCGAUGCCUCAAGGAAGAAGCUUAGGCUUUCAAAGGAACAGUCCUUGGUGCUUGAAGAAACCUUCAAGGAACAUAGCACUCUUAAUCCGAAGCAAAAGUUGGCAUUGGCAAAGCAAUUGAAUCUGAGGCCUAGGCAAGUGGAGGUCUGGUUCCAGAACAGAAGGGCAAGGACAAAGUUGAAGCAGACGGAAGUUGACUGUGAGUAUCUGAAGAGAUGUUGCGAGAAUCUAACAGAGGAGAACAGGAGGCUGCAGAAGGAAGUGCAAGAGCUUAGAGCAUUAAAACUCUCCCCACAGCUUUACAUGCACAUGAACCCUCCUACAACCCUCACCAUGUGCCCUUCUUGUGAACGUGUGGCGGUUUCUUCCUCAUCAUCCUCUGCUGCAGCAGCUUCUUCCACCCCUACUUCAACAGUUCCAAAUCGUCGCCAGAUGAGUCCCAGCCAUCAACGGCCAGCGCCUGUUAGUCCCUGGGCCGCCAUGCCAAUCAGUCUUCGACCUUUCAAUGCCCCUGCAUCUAGAUCAUAAUCAAUAUAAUUAUGUUUUCUGAAUUGGGAGAAUAUUUUUGGGAGGAGAUAUACAAUCAAUGACUGUUUAGGAGACCGAUUUUUUUUUAAAAGCCAUGUUUCCUUUUGGACUAGAGAACGGGCUUGUAAAGGGUGGAGUAGUGACAGAAAUUUCUGUUUAUAAAAAAUAGCAAGCAGGAAGACAAGGAAAAUAUAACGGAAGAAUCUGAAUCCCUUUCGGUUACAUUGUUGUGAUCUGUUGGGGGCAAAGUGAAGUAGAAAUGAAAGCUUGGCCGAAGGGGUACAACAUCUACUGAUUCUAAUGAAGGAAUAAUAACUGUAUGGAAAGAUGACUUUGUUUCAA